AUGUCUAUACCUGCCAAACUGACUCAGACGCUGACCCCCGGCGAAGUCAACUUCCUGGCCGAGAACGAGAUGAUAACAAUACUGCCCAGAUAUUCGUUGGAUAAACUGCAGCUUAUAGGAACGCGUAUACCGGCUCUCAGACCAAUGAAGAGAGAACAGGUUCCAAUAUGGCUGGCCAUAAUCCUCAAAAAUCAAGACAAGUGCAAUAUCGUGAUGCCACAAUGGCUCACAGUGAGACAACUCAAAGCAUUUUACGAUCAAGAAGUGAAGAAUUCAGACCGAUUUGCCCAGCUGCCAUGGCACUGGAUCGAAAUUUCCAAGGCAUUACUGGAGAAGGCUUCGGAUGAUAUGCCAGACAAACCUCAUGAAAUACGCACAAUAAUACAGGACUUAAGGGAGAUCAGACAACUUAAAGCCCGGAAGGGUUUAAAAGAGUUGAACGAGAGUUAUAUCCAACUGGACAAUCUGAGUCUAUUGGAGAUCAACGAAUUGAGACCGUUCAUUGUGAAAGUAAUGGACCAGAUGAGGAAACUGAGUGAUAGUGUGAAUAGUGGCGAACAGUGA